GUACAAUCCAGAUCAUUUCGGGGCGGCAGAGAUAUCUUUUUCACAAAAGGUGGACCGUUAAUCCCAUUUCAUGAGAUUACGUGAAUCAGUUGUGCCGAAUCAAAUCAAGCCAGUACUCUUCGUAAACAGACUGCUUGGUAGUGACAGUAAUAUCUGCACCACAGGUGCACCGAUCGAUGUCGAAAGCUCAUUAAUGCAGGUUAGACAACUCAGUGUAGUUCGUUGUGCAUCGUGAUCGGAUUCUUAACAUUGCGAUCGUGAAUUUAAUAGGGGUUUAACGCGUACGCCACGAUUUUAAAGACAUGCCAUCAUGCAUGUAAUUGCAGUGAACGGAAUGCAGUGCCCUUGUACAAGCGUUCGGCAUCCCCCUUCUUCACGUUCACAGGUCAGUGACACCAUUGCGGGUGCAGUUUACUCAAUACACGUUUCCGCUGUCGGGCGAACCCUCUUUAUUAGUGCGUAUAUUGAGGACACCCUGCACGGUAUAUCAGGAAGCGUGUAUUGUGUUGACGUGUGUGUGAUCAAUGUACAUUGUGCCAUCGCGUGAACCUUCACUCUUCCAGUAAGUGGAAUUUUAACUGCUACAUUGUAGUAUGUGUGUGGUUAUAAAAGUUUCAAAAUGAACUAAAAUGUAACGCAAGUCACCGUGAAAAUGCCCUGACACAAAAAGUGACCACUCUGCUGUUUCAACCCAGUUGACCUUAGUGAUUGAAAAUGAACUGUGCAUAAUUUUUGGCGGAGUUGGAAUUGUCAUAUGAACAGUUCGCUUGGCUUUCAGUAUUCACUGUACAAUUUCAAUUUCAACCUUGUACAGGAGCAACCUUCAAGUGGCUAGUGGAAAAUGACUUGGGCUACUGCGCCUAUCUGGUGGCUACACUUGUGAAUGAGCCCAAAUCAUCGUCCUUCUUGAGUGUAAACAAGUUUGCAUUCAAGGAGUAUUUGGAGGCUUUUCCUGAGGGAGUGGAGGCGGUGGAGAUGAAAGCGGGAGAGGCCCCACGAAGAUCUGGCCGUCUUGCGAGCAAGCCCCGUCCCACUUUCAAGGAAGAGGAACUCACCAACGAAGAACUGAUGGAGGCCAUGGAGGAAUUUGACCCUGCCGAUGCUAUGGGACCAGGUUUUCAUUUCAUUCAGGCGACAAGGCUUCUGGAGGUGGUGGAGGUACCACUAGUCGCAGACAGCCGCCAUCUGCUAGCAGCAAGCCCCCACCCUCCUCCAGUAGAAGACCCCAAACAUCCCCCGGAUCUGAGAAGUACCUUGGUUGCACAGGCAGACAGGCAAGGUUGGUACAGUUUGGAGAAAAAAAAGAGUAAAACCACUAAUGAUACAUUCAUGAUGUACAAAAACUAA